AUGUCGUCGAAUGCUACGACCCCGGGCGGCGAGGCCACAACGGCUCCCGCCGCGACACCGGGCACUUCCGCACCCGCAGAGACGAGCGCCGCCGCCGUCACCACCACUCCUCCGGCAGAGACCUCCGCAGCAGCGGCUCCUACCACCCCGCAACAACCCACGACGCAGCAAACCUCCGCGGCAGCAGCACCAACCACGUCUCAAGCUCCGGCAGCGACGACUUCUGCGGCAGCUGCACCAACUACUCAGCAGCAGAACACGACUCCGACUACUCAAGCUGCCGAAAGUACUACCCAGCAACAGCAAACUACCCUAGUCGCGACUACUGUCGUCAUCACGCCGACCGAAGCAGGAGGUCAGACAAGCACCAUCUUUACCGUCAUCACUCAGACCAAGGGUGUCACGCAGACCGGAACUGCUGCCAGCUCAUCUGCUUCCGCUACGGCAUCAGGCGGCGCCAUCAACUCCGGCGGUAACUCCAAGGGCGGUCUCGGUAACGGAGGCACUAUCGCGGUUGCUGUUGUCGUACCCAUCGCUGCUGUUGCCCUGCUCAUCCUGGCUGGCCUGUACUUCUGGAGAAAGAGGAAGCAGCGCAAGGACGCCGAGGAGGAGCGACGAAAGGAGGUCGAGGACUAUGCCUACAACCCGAACGCGGACCCCACAAUCCCGUCCCUUGGCGAUGGCGGCUCGUACGAAAUGAAGGAAGAUGCGGCCUCAUCCGGAUACCGUGGUUGGGGUUCUACCACUCUUGCCGGCUCCACCGGACGCAAGGCGUCCACGACCAUGUCCGGAGGCAACACAGGUGCGGCAUACUCGGACACAACUUCACCCAGCAAUGGAGGAACUGACAACCGUUCAGGAGAGCCUUUGAUCAACGACGGCUCGUACUCGCCUGAUGGCGAAAUUCUUGGCGCCAUGGGCCCUUCGGCAGCUAUGAACCGUGGAGGCGGUGUUCAACGUGGACCUUCCAAUGCGUCAUCUUCCUACAGCGCAGGGAACCACUCAGAUACCUCUGACGGAAUCGGCAUGGCAUACAGCGGCGGCGGCGGCAGCAACGGCAAUGGCAAUGGGAAUGGUUACUACGAUCAGUACGCCAACAACCCGUACUCUGACAGCCCUUACGCCAACCCGGCUACUGAGCUCCCCGGCCAACCGGUCAUCCGCGACAACCCAGCUCGUCGCAACACUCGGAUCGAGAACCCUUCGCACUAUCCCCAACAGCAAAACGCUGGUAUUUCCCAGAACUUCUAG